AUGGCUCCAACAAAAGGAGGCCACAAGCACGAACGAAACUUGCGGCGCAAGAGUAAGGGCGAGCUGAACUACAUGUUUGCCACACUCGUCAUCGAGAAGGACAACGACAGCGAUGAAGACUUCGUUCUGGAAAGAAUCGACGACGAAGACGAAGAGGAAAACCUUGAAAAUUCGGAUCCUGAACCAGUUUCAGAAAAGACCAAUGAGAGUGUCAAGAAAGGGCGCUUUUCGCCGCACGAGGUGCUGCCCUUGCUGAAGAAACACAAGGGGGAGAGUCGCGCGAUUUUCUGCGCGCUCGCACGUCAAGCAGAUGCCGACGGAGUUUGA